CGGAUGUGACGUUUAAUACCGGCGCCGUUCGCGCACAGAGAUGGUAAAAGUCUUUUUAUUUUCAGACUUUUAACGAUUAUUAGUAAACGUUGUUGUCUCUUAAAUGUCCUUGGACGAUUAAACUGCCUAAGUGAUGGGUAAGGGCUGUAAGGUUGUGGUUUGUGGCAUGACGUCAGUGGGCAAAACGGCAAUCCUGGAGCAGCUGCUGUAUGGUACUCACUCUGUAGGUGCAGAAACCAGUGACACUCAAGAAGACAUAUAUGUGGCGUCUGUGGAGACGGAUCGUGGUGUGAGGGAACAGUUACGUCUCUAUGACACGCGAGGGCUGCGUGAUGGUCUGGAUUUACCCAAACACUUGUUCUCCGUGGUUGAUGGUUUUGUGUUGGUCUACAGCGUGGACAGUCUGGACUCCUUCAGAAAAGUCGAGCUCCUGAAGAAAGAAAUAGACAAGUCGCGAGACAAAAAAGAGGUGAUGGUGAUGGUGUUGGGAAACAAGUGUGACCUGCGGGAGCGUCGGCAGGUGGAUCAGGAGGCGGCGCAGCAGUGGGCUCGGGGGGAGAAAGUCAAACUGUGGGAGGUGAGCGUGACGGAGAGAAGCUCUUUAAUCGAACCCUUCACCAGCCUUACCAGCCGCCUGACGCAGCCUCAGAGUAAAUCCUCUUUCCCUCUGCCCGGCCGCAAGAGCAAAGGAACGCCCUCCAAUGACAUCUGAACCCAUUUAAGACGUUUCAGGGCAAGUCAGCAGCGGCUCUAUUUGUAUUCAGGAAGGAGGGCAAUAAAACGAGUAGUAUAGAUCAACUGUAUAAUACUCUAAUAUUUGAUUGAGUUGGUUUGCUAUCAAGCGUCAACCUCCUAAUUUUUGGUCAUGAUAUUGCAUACUUUAUAUUCUGCGUGAAAUGUGUCGGCGAAACUGAUCCAGGUUUAGUCAUUAUUCAUACUCCACCCCUGAAGUUCUCAUUUCCAAAAUGCUAAAUUUCUGUAAAUACAUUUGGAUGUUUUACUUUGUGUAUUUAUUUGCAACUAUUCUUCUUCUCCAAAAUGAUUUAAAUGACUGUUGUAUAGUAACCUUUUUCUAGUACAUUCACAAUUAUUGUAAACAAUUAUUUUAAAUGAACGGUUUGAUUAAAUGAAAUAAAGUUGAUUUAUCUAAA